UCAAAACUAAUUGUCUGUAUAUUAAUAAUAAUAAUAUAUGAGAGUCAUUGUAAGCUGUUAAUGUUAAACUUGUCAUUUAUUGAUUGGAGUAUAAAAAGUAAACAUUGAUUAGUUUGUGUUUCUCAUCAGCUGAAAGUAUAAAAUUGUCUCCAUGGUUUUGAAUGCGAUCAAUUUGAUUACUCCUUUUAUUUUACGUUCCUUUUAGAUUGUUUUUCUUUUAAUCAUUAAUUCAUUUAAUUAUUGUUCAAUUGUUCUCACUCCACAAUCGUAAAAACAACUUACUGUCUAACAAAUAAUCUUCCUUAAUCAAAGACAAACUCUUUUCUUUAAUGGAAACAUCAAUUACUACUGUUAACAUGAUCAAUUCUAAUAUCGUUUGGACCGCCGUUGAGUUAACCAAGUCACUUGGAACUAAAUUGCUCGAAGGGUGUGAUUAUAUUGGUGAAAAAUUGGCCUUUUGGUUUGGUAUCACUAGGCCUAAAUACGAGGCUGAGAUUCGUGAAUAUUAUUGGAUGAAGGAACAGGAGAAGAAGAAGAAAUCAAUUGAAGCCGAGGAAUUUGCUGGAUGGAAAUCUGAUGGUGAUUAUGUUGAUUCUCGAGACUCAGUUGAAUUGAUUAGAAAAGAUUUAGUGUAACUUUCACCUGAAACAAGAUGACUUUAGGUCAUCAGGAUGGUACCAAUCUCAUUUCGUCCAUUAAUUGUGCUUAAUUUACACUCCAAUCCAUCAAUUUACAAGCUCUAAUCAAGUGCUUUCCAAAAACCAGCUCAAUAUACUUUGCAUUCAUUUUUAACUCAAAUUAUUCACAACCAAUUUAACUAACAAUCAACUAUCAUUUCGAAUGGUUUUAUAGUUGGUUCAUCAACUAGUUAAAAUGACCAAUCAUCAAUUUGAAAUGUAUUUUAUACUAAUCAAUUAUUGUGCUUCAA